ACUAAAGGAUAAGGAGAGCUAUGGAGGCUGCUGCUAAUGAAGGAUCUGGUCAUGGAGGUGGAGUAGUGCUCAAGGAGGAGAAAGGAUAUGAAGAAGGAUGCAGUACUAAAGAAGAGACAGCAGUCAUCAAGGUGACACCGUUGACUAAUAUGGGAAGAUCUUCAGGAGUACCUGACUCAAUAAUAUCUUCUUCAAGCCAAAAGGAAAAGAUUCAAUCUGCUAGAGCAGAAAUGGGUGAGGUGAGAGAAGAAAAUCAAAGACUAAAGAAGCAUUUAGAUCGAAUGGUGAAGGAUUACCAGACCCUCCAAAUGCGAUUCUAUGACAUUGUUCAACAAGAAGGGAGAAACAAGCAUCAAGAAAUUGAAGAACCGGAGUUUAAUGUUUCCCUUAGCCUUGGAAGACUUCCAAGUGACACAAAAAAGGAGGAAAAGAAUAUGAUAGUUUCUUCUACCCAAUUGAAAGAUGAUGAUCAUGAUGAACAAGCAGCUAAAGAAGGCUUGAGUCUUGGACUGGACUGCAAAUUCGAUUUGUCUAAAUCAAGAGAAUUAAGUGAAUCUUUGAGGAAUCCAAGCCCUUUUAACAGUACUUCUGAAGAAACAAAGGAUGAAACUGCUGGUAGAGCUCUGAAGACGAUGAGAAGUAUUGGCGAUGAUGAGGUUUCACAGCAAAAUCCGGUGAAGAAAGCUAGGGUUUCUGUGAGGGCUCGAUGUGAUACUCCAACAAUGAAUGAUGGAUGCCAAUGGAGGAAAUAUGGACAAAAGAUUGCCAAAGGAAACCCAUGCCCUCGAGCAUACUAUCGUUGUACUGUUGCACCCUCAUGCCCAGUAAGAAAACAGGUGCAAAGAUGUGCUGAUGACAUGUCCAUCUUGAUCACCACCUACGAAGGAACACAUAACCACCCGCUUCCGAUGUCAGCCACUGCUAUGGCUUCCACCACUUCAGCCGCUGCUUCCAUGCUUUUGUCAGGGUCGUCGUCGAGCUCCGACCGACCUGCCACCACCAUCACCGCUUCCGAUCUCCAUGGCUUGAACUUUUAUCUACCAGAUAAUUCAAAACCAAAGCAAGUCUACCUAUCCAACCCUUCUUACUCAUCUUCAUGUACAUUCCCAACAAUCACUCUUGACCUCACAUCCACCCCAUCCUCCUCCUCCGCCUCAUCUCAGUUCAACAAAUUCUCUUCAAACUAUCCUCCAAGGUAUAACAAUUACUCCCCCGCAAGCUUCAACUUCAGUUCUUCUGAUCAUCAUCAUCAGCCCAUUAACGCAAUGUCUUGGGGGGGCAACAUGGGAAGACAACAUGUGGAUAACAUCUAUCUGUCAUACAUGCAAAAGAAGAAUCCCAUGCCUCCUUCUCAGCAGUACCCUCUACCAGACACCAUUGCUGCUGCGACAAAAGCAAUCACAGCUGACCCCAGCUUCCAAUCCGCUUUAGCAGCUGCCCUCACCACAAUCAUUGGCACUAAUGGGAGUGGAUGUGCGUCAAGCUUGUUAAACAAAACGCACUCAACAAACUCACCGCCGGGAAGUUUGAUGUCGUUUCUACCACCUUCGUUGCCGUUUUCUGCUCCCAAGAGUGCGUCAACGUCUCCCGGUGAUAAUAGAGACAAUGCCAAAGAGUUUUGACCACUCAUUAGAAUGUUGUUGUUUAUAUUGUCUUGAUUGGCCAGAAGUGAUGUAUGAGAAGAAAUUUGUGCAUGAAGAUGAUGACAGCAAGCAAGUGGAAGUAAUUGACUUUGAGAUUUUAUAUAUAUAUAGUGGGACGCAUGCAACACGUUGAAGAUUCGGCAUAUAUGUAUGAAGUUCACAUAAAGCUUAGAAAAAGAAUUAAUCUUUGUUUGACAGAAUAAAUGGUUGCAAUUGCGUUACGGAACUGUAUUUUCAUUUGUUCAAAUGUGAAAUAUUGUAACACGUUUAUAGUUUUUCUAUAUUAUUACCGCGACCCACGGAAAUAUAGAUA